UAGUCAAACUCUCAGGAGACAUUUAUUCCUCUUUGUGGAGCUUACCAGUCAAGAUUAGUGACUUUAAAGAAAGACAUUCAAGGAAAAGACUCCAGCGCAUAAUAUGAAGUGUUUCCUUUUCUUCGUGAUAACUUGGUCCUUGGCGGUGUCCUUCCCUCUUGAGAAUGAAGCAGAAGUUCGGGACGAAAAUAAAGGCACAGUGAAUAACCCUGAGACGUUGGUGAAUGCUGCUGUCGCAAAUCGACGUCAGAUGACCUUUGGCAACACCGCUGGCAGUGUUGGUCAACAAGGAACCAACUCAGGAAAUGUUGGUGUCGGAGUUCAAGCGAACGGCAAACGUCAGAUGACCUUUGGCGCCACCGGCGGCAAUGUUGGCCAACAGGGAACCAACUCAGGGAAUGUUGGUGUCGGAGUUCAAGCGAACGGCAAACGUCAGAUGAGCUUUGGCGCCACCGGCGGCAAUCCGGAACUGAAGGAGCCUGGCCGCCGAAGUUACAUGACGUUUGGCAACAACGGUGGCAACAGCGGCUACGGCAACGGCGGCUACGGCAGCAACGGCGGCUACGGCCGCUACGGCUACGGCAAACGUCAGAUGACCUUUGGCGCCACCGCUGGCAAUGUUGGCCAACAGGGAACCAAUUCAGGGAAUGUUGCUGUUGGACAUCAAUGGAACGGCAAACGUCAGAUGACCUUUGGCGCCACCGUUGGCAAUGUUGGCCAACAGGGAAUCAACUCAGGAAAUGUUGCUGUUGGACAUCAAUGGAACGGCAAACGUCAGAUGAGCUUUGGCGCCACCGGCGGCAAUGUUGGCCAACAGGGAACCAACUCAGGGAAUGUUGCUGUUGGACAUCAAUGGAACGGCGGCUACCGCGGCCACUACUACUACGGCCGACGAGAAACAGAGCUGGAGGAGCCUGGCCGACGUCAGAUGAGCUUUGGCGCCACCGGCGGCAAUGUUGGCCAACAGGGAACCAACUCAGGGAAUGUUGCUGUUGGACAUCAGUGGAACGGCAAACGUCAGAUGAGCUUUGGCAACACCGCUGGCAAUGUUGGUCAACAGGGAACCAACUCAGGGNAAUGUUGCUGUUGGACAUCAGUGGAACGGCAAACGUCAGAUGAGCUUUGGCAACACCGCUGGCAAUGUUGGUCAACAGGGAACCAACUCAGGGAGUGUGGCUGUCGGAGGUCAAUUGAACGGCAAACGUCAUAUGAUGAUGGUCAAUUAAAUGGCUGAAUAUGAAUGAAGAUUCCUUUCGUCGGCGCCUCAAUGAUCAUGUAACAGUUUUUAAACAGCUUUUAGUUGUAUUUUAGUAACGUUUGCGCUGUUAGAUUUGAUGUUAUCUUAGAACAUGCAAGGAGCAGUAAUUCAGUUGUAAAGCAAUCAGGCAAUAAAGCAGUUACAAAGAGCA